CUCCUGUGGCCCGUGACCACCGCCUCCCCAGUCACGGGGUGCAGCCAGCUCGUGCUUUUCGCGUCUUCACUGUUGGUGAAGAAAACAGAAGAGCUCGAGACGCUGCCUACAGUGCUGCCCAAGCUGACUUGAAAAGAGGAAUCAAAGCAGCCAAGGCAGACCACAGGAUGCGGAUGGAGGCUCACAUUUCCAGCAACAAUCCAGAAGAAGUUUGGCGGGGCAUCCAAGACAUCACCAACUUCAGAGGCUAUGAUGUCUCCACAGUAGCUCCAGAUGCUACAAGGGUAGAGGAGUUUAACUGCUUCUUUGUUCACUAUGAAUCCACCCAACACCACCCCUUCACCCCAGCCCAACCCCCACCGGGGCCCCAGCACACCUCCACUCACUGUACAGGAGUAUGUCGUCAGACGGGUGCUACUAGCAGUGAACCUCAAGAAGGCUGCUGGCCCCGAUGGAGUACCUGGCAAAAUGCUCGGGGCAUGCGCCCACCAGCUCGCCCCCACCUUUACCAAGAUCUUUAACCUCUCCCUGGCCCAGGCAGUAAUACCAUCCUGCCUGAAAUCAGCAACCACAAUCCCUGUGCCAAAAACGUCUGCUACCACCAGCCUUAAUGACUAUCGUCCAGUGGCCCUCACUCCGGUCAUAAUGAAGUGUUUUGAAAGGCUAAUCCUCCCGCACAUCAGGGACCACCUUCCCACAGACCUAGACCCUCACCAGUUUGCAUACUGCAAAAAGAGAUCCACAGAGGACGCCGUAGCCGUGGCUCUCCACUCCGUGCUGAACCACCUGGAGCAGCAGCAGAGCUACGUCCGGAUGCUGUUUGUGGAUUACAGGUCUGCCUUCAACACAAUAAUCCUGGACAGACUCUGCGACAAACUGCUCACUCUUGCCCCCCCCUCCCCCCCACACACACACACAUACACACAUGCAAUUGGAUUAGCAACUUCCUCACAAACCGAUCACAGGCUGUGAGACUCGGCCCCCACCUCUCCUCCACCCGCACACUGAGCAUCGGCGCCCCACAGGGCUGUGUGCUAAACCCCCUGCUGUACUGCCUCUACACGCAUGACUGCAGUCCAACCCACAACAACAACAGCAUCUGUGGUCGGACUCAUCCCCUGGGGGGAUGAGUCUGCCUAUAGAGACGAGGUCCUGAAGCUGACAACCUGGUCCACAAAGAACAACCUCACCCUGAACACCAGCACAGCCAGGGAGAUCAUCGUUGACUUCAGGAAGCAUCGUGCCGACCCAGCCGUCCUCCAUAUUAAUAGGGAGCAUGUGGAGAGGGUCCACACCUUCAGGGUCCUCGGCAUCAUCAUCUCUGCCGACCUCUCCUGGACAGCAAACACCACAGCCAUCAUGAAAAAGGAUCAGCAGCGUCUGCACUUCCAGGAAGAACAACAUCAGCACCAACCUGCUGCUGACCUUCUACCAGUCAUCCAUCCAGAGCCUGCUCACAUACUGCAACAGUUUGGUUUGGCAGCUGCACGGUCGCGGACAAGGUUGUAAGAGUCGUAGAGACAGCCCCGAAAAUCAUUGGGCCAAAAUGCACAGAUAAAAAUCCAGACUUCUGUCCACUUACUCUGUCCACAGCGUUAACACUCUACCUUAUUGCUACCCCAGGCACAUCUGACAUGUUUACACACAAUUUUUGUACGCAGUUUUGCAUACAAAUUUCGGACAUUCUUUAUUAAAGUUUACACUGUGUAUGUACACUUGUAUAUACUGAUCUGUUUGUUUGAUUUUGUCUUUCAUUGUUCCUUGCUAUAAGAGUUCUACAUGGUAAUCAUAUUUCCAUGUUUGAGUUUGUGUGGUCAUUCAGAGAUUCU